AUGGCUACCACAAACCGUUUCAUUGCUGUGAUAGCAGCAGCAACGUGUCUGUUUAGUUGGCCCAACAACGUCGUUGGACAAUCGGACCUGGGCUGGUAUGCAGCAGAAAUCGGUUUUCUGGCAGACUUGAAAAGCAGGGUUACAGGAACACCGAGCCACAAUAAGCUCAUCGACCAUAUUGAAUGUGAGCUUUAUAUGCUCGGGCUACCGGUAUACAGCGACUACUUGAAUUUCACCUACAACGACCAGCCCUUAAGCCCACCAAGACUCAGCAUUGGAGACGAGGAGGUUACAGUGUCUGCCUAUGCGCCAUACUCGGGUAACACAGGUCUUGACGGCAUAGAAGGUGAGCUCGUCGACUUGACGGGCCCUCACGAGCCUCCAGAGUGGGAACUUGCAAGUGGCAAGAUCGCCGUGGUCAAUAUUACGAAUAACCCUGCAGAUUGGCGCUUGUCUUUGCACGUAUGGCCUGGACAACCGGAAUGGUAUAUUCAAACUGGAGUUCCAACAACGACCGCGGAUACCAAAAUCGCCAAUCUAACUAAUGCAGGCGAAGCCGGUGUCAAAGGAGUCGUGUAUGCAUGGGAAAAUAUCACUCCUGGAAAUCUGUAUGGCCAAUAUACCCCGUUUAAGCGACUUUAUCAGGGUUGUCCCACGGUGUACGUAGCCGGAGAUGCAUCGAAAGCGGCCAUCGAAGGAGCCAAAAAGAACGCUAGAGCACAUUUGACGUUGAGCGGGGAGCUGAUCCCUAACACGACAACUCGCACUAUUUACACAAUUGUGGAAGGGACAAAGUUCAAAAAUGAGUCCAUCAUCCUCAACACGCACACAGACGGGACCAACACGGUUGAAGAAAAUGGCCACAUAGCCCUGUUGGCCAAAGCAAAGCAUUUAUUGGCAAAUCCACCCGAAAGGACAACGAUCCUGGUCUUUGUCACAGGCCAUAUGCAUCAACCCGCAUUCAGCACCACAGGCCGUGCCACAUCUCGCUGGAUCAAUGACAAUCCUCAAUACUGGCGAGGAGAAGAUGGAGAAAUGAAAGCUGUGGGGAGCACAUGCGUUGAGCAUCUCGGGGCGGCCCAGUGGGUAGAAGAUCUUAGCACCAACAGCUACUACUCAGCUGGAAAUCUCACUGAUGAACUCCUAUAUGCCAACACACCCGAAAUGCUAGCGCUGCUGGAGAAGUUCUGGAACGGAGCCUAUCCAGGUUUCCUGCGGGUCAAUGACCCGAUCAAACAGGGCGUGCAGUUCGGCGAAGGCGAGCCACUGACCGACAUUCACGUGCCAAACUUUUCCCUGAUUACCGUUCCUCUGUAUCUGACAGCAGAGAUGCCAGGAGAUUUCGAUGAGAGACGGUUGGUUGAUCUGCCAGCUCUGAAACGUCAGGUGGACAGCUUCUUGCAGAUCUGGGACGUCAUGGAUAAGAUGCCGCUGGGGACUUUUGGCGUCGUGCCAGCGAUGGAAGAGUAG